AAGAGAGCAAGUGCACGCAGACGGUUGCAUAAUUAUGUCACUCGUUGUCCGUUGCCGGGUGGCUGGUGCUGAUUGGCGCAUCUGUGGCCAUCGUCACCCUUUUCGUCCAUCCGCUCUGUUCUCUCCCUCUCCGCUGCUUAUUGUUAUCGUCACGCUGUCUCCCGCUUGGCCGUUUGUCCCGCCUGCGUGUUGCUGUCUAUGCGGAUUACUGUCGUCUCGCUUGCGUGUCUGUCGAGUUUGGACCCCUCGUCUGUCCAAGGGUGCGGUUCGAUCUAACAUAUUUGCUGCAUCGGAACUACCGUCAAUUCACUAUGGCGUUGCCCAUGAUGGUUGCUUAUUAUACUCUUCCUCUGUUGUUCAUUGCUGCUCGUCUGCCCUACCGCUCCUUGUUGCCUUUGGUGCGUCAGCAUGGCAUGAGUGUGAGGUUGGCGAUCGUGCAUUGGAUGCUAUCACGCUCGCGCUUCUUCGACAUACUUGCGAUGAUUCCUGCCCACCUUCUGUGUAUGAGUUUGCUGUCUGCAGAGGCAACGAUAUCAUCGACCAUGUUCCUCGGAAGUUAUAAGUCCGCGUGAAAUUUAGCGUUCGUUUCUAGUAGUGAUCGCUUGCGCCCCGUCGCAAUGUGAGUUGAUCCGUUUCGUCUGUUCCUUGAAGUGGUCUGCUGCGUCGCGCACGUAUUUUGCGUCGGAUGAGUUUGCGGUCUAUGCUCCUGUAUCGUCUUUGACUGCUUUUUUGUUAUUGGAUCAGCUGCUAUGACUCGCAGUUGUUCAUGAGAUUGUCGGCAGACGACGACACCGUUUAUGGGCGAACCACUACCAAGGCCAUAAGUUUAGGGAGACCAAAAGGCCACGGUAAUUCCAUCUCCAGCGCCCUCUCACUAUUCAAACCUAAUCACAUCUCCACGCCGUUGAAUUCAAGGGUUGCUUUGACG